UAUCUAAACAUUAAUUUGUGGCUAAAGGAAGAAGGUGUAUGGAAAAGAAGAGAAGUCAAGAAGUUAUUAUUCACUGAGAAUACAGGUAGGGCUGUCACAGUCUUAACGUGCAAAUGAGUUAUGGCGUUGAAAUAAUGGUAUCACUGAAAACUAUUAUCGAGGACUUAAUAAGUGUUCUUAAUUGAAGACAUAGUUACAUACAUAACUUCGUCGUCUUUAAACUCUCACCUUCGGUUCCCCCAUCAGUAUUUUUCACAUGACUUGUUAAUACUGAACUGAUGUUUGUUUGUGGCAUGUACUGUUUGAAAAACGAGCAGAAAGCCAAGAGUUUUUACACCUGAUAAUACACGACUGCGAGUUUUUUGAAUGGCUUCAAAAUCUCUGGUAUAGAUCAAGAGAGUGGAGUUCUCGAUCGAUACGAUCGAGGAUAAAAAUGUCAAAAAUUCACGAUUGCUAACGUAAUUCGUCACCCAUGAUAUUAAAAGGUAAUGCGUGAAAGGCUAGGGAAAUUGUUAGGAUUUGUACAAAACGCGCGUGAAAUUAUUCCCUAAUUUCACUCGUCACCAUUUGAUUACACAUACUAACAUUACUUGAUAUCUCGGGAAAUUUAGCCUGCAUGGGAAGCUUUCGAAGGGGAAGGGGGCGCACCGCGCGCGACAACUUUUAGGCCGCUCGAGGAAGGGGGAAGGUUUCGCCUUUUGCCUUGCGUUCUCGUGCACCCGAAUCUUCGCUUCUCCUUCAAUAGCCUACAACGAAGAUUACGGGGAAUUGAGCACUGGUAGACCUAGUGAACCCGGUCCGUUAGUUUACUCACGUACGGUGUCGUAAGUUUUCUAAGACUUCAAGUUCCUUUUUGGUAAAAUGUAACCAAAUAACUCGUUGGUAGGUGCACAUCUCUCCUAUUCAACCUCGUUCCCAGGGAACCUCUCCCAUUCGUUCUUAUGGGAAGAGAAUCCUGGGAAGGAGGUUGUCUCUGAUCUUGAAAUUAAAAGAUGCGCGGCACCUAUGCUUCAGUUUUUGACCACGUCUUCCUUGUCACGAAUGUUGAAUAUACUUCUCGAUAUUUCUUUCCUUCCCCCUUUUCUCCCUUUUUUCAUUUAUUUAUCCCUUCCUUCAGUAACAAUAGCCACUAUAAUUAUUCCCUUUAGAGAAAUAAACAAGACAUAAAUCCUUCUUUAACCUCAAACAUGGCCUUCACACAAGUGAAUGUAUCCAAGCAGCGACUCGUUUUGGUCCAGGGCAAUAAUUGUGCUAACCCACCUGAAGAAUGCUCCCCCGCACACGACAAAAUUCAAGAUAAAAAAUGUUCAUCAUUGAGGUGCUUCAGACGUCGAAUGGUGUUCGGUGCAGGCAACACAUCGUCCGUCUUUACUUCAACACGAUGCGUGAAAAACGUUGUUGAUGAUACAACUGGCGGAUUGGUUUCUUCAAAAGUUGCUGAUAUUCCAUACGAAGCCAGAGUAGGCCCCGGCUACAGGGUUGGUGAAGUGUACCUGUCAGCGGAAAGUCGACAGGUCCCAGUAGUUGCACCAAAAGACCAGGCCAAGCGUAUAGAGCACACGGCAGGGCGACAAGGCCGUAUUUACCGGAGGGUUCUGCAUUCCGGAGCUGAAUAUGAAGUCAAUUCGGAGACAGUUAACGCUUACAGCUCACGAUCAGCUAAUAAUUUCCAACGCUUUUUGUCGGGAUAUGUGAAAUUUUAG